AUGGAAAGACUGACAACUAGGGGACCACCUGGCCAUCCUCACCAGGUGGAGGCCUCUGCUUGCUGGCGGCUUACUGUGAAGGUCCUGGAGGCCAGGAACCUGGGCUGGGCUGACCUGUUGAGUGAGGCAGACCCCUACGUGACCCUACAGCUGCCCACUGCACCUGGGACAAAGUUUAAAACCAAAACAAUCACCAACUCCAGGCAUCCUGUAUGGAAUGAGACCUUCAGUUUCCUGAUCCAGAGUCGGGUCAAGAAUAUUCUGGAGCUAAACGUCUAUGAUGAGGACCCAGUCACGGAGGAUGAUGCCUGCUUCAAGAUUCUCUAUGACGUCUCAGAGGUCCUCCCUGGCCAGCUGCUCCAGAAGACCUUCUCCCUGCGUCCCCAGGGACAGGAGGAGCUGGAUGUGGAGUUCCUGAUGGAAAAAACGUCAGAACGCCCAGAAAACCUCAUCACCAACAACGUCCUUGUGGCCCGAGAGCUGUCAUGCCUGGAUGUCCAUCUGGUCAGCAUUGGGAGCACAGCCACGGUCACAGAUCAGGAUGAGCUGGAGUUGGUGCUGAAGGGCUCAUAUGAAGACACACAGACCUCUGCACUAGGCACAGCAUCCUUCCGCUUCCAUUACAUGGCAGCCCAAGAGGCAGAACUGAGUGGGCAUCUGAAGAGGUUGGAAAGGAAUGCCUGGACUUCAGACAAGUCAGCUGAGCACCUCACUGUGCCUCUAAGGUCCUUGGCCAUGGGAAAGGAGGUGACCAUUAACGUUCCUGCUACAAACGCCCCAGAAGUGAGGCUGCAGCUCAAGACUGAGGGCUGCCCUAAGGAGCUGGCUAUGCACCUGGGCUUUGAUCUGUGUGCAGAGGAGAAAGCUUUCCUGAGCAGGAGGAAGCAGGUGGUGGCCAAGGCUCUCAAGCAGGUCUUGCAGCUGGACAGAGACCUACAGGAGGAUGAGGUCCCUGUUGUGGGCAUAAUGGCCACAGGAGGAGGUGCCCGGGCCAUGACGUCUCUCUACGGCCACCUGUUGGCCCUACAGAAGCUGGGCCUCCUGGACUGUGUGACCUACUUCAGUGGCAUCUCAGGCUCUACAUGGACAAUGGCCCACCUCUAUGGGGACCCGGAGUGGUCACGGGGGGACCUCGAAGGGCCCAUCAAAUGUGCUAGAGAGCACCUGGCCAAGAGCAAACUGGAGGCCUUCUCCCCAGAGCGCCUAGCAAGCUACUGCCGGGAGCUGGAGCUGCGGGCUAAGCAGGGCCACCCCAAGACCUUUGUGGACCUGUGGGCUCUCGUGCUGGAGUCCAUGCUGCAUGGCCAGGUGAUGGAUCAGAAGCUGUCGGAACAGAGAGCUGCACUGGAGCGGGGCCAGAACCCUCUGCCCCUCUACUUGAGCCUCAAUGUCAAAGAGAACCAUCUGGAGACCCUGGACUUCAAGGAGUGGGUAGAGUUUUCACCCUAUGAGGUGGGGUUCCUGAAGUAUGGAGCCUUUGUCCCUUCUGAUCUCUUUGGCUCUGAGUUCUUCAUGGGGCGGCUGAUGAGGAAGCUCCCUGAGUCCCGGAUCUGCUUUCUGGAAGGUAUCUGGAGCAACGUUUUGUCCCUGAACUUGCUGGAUGCCUGGUAUGACCUCAUCAGCUCUGAUGACACCUGGAAGCAGCAUGUCAAGGACAAAAUUAAGAACCUGGAGGAGUCUCCUGCCUCCGUGAGGACCUCCUCGUGGCUGGAGGCCUCCUGGCUGCAACCCGGAACAAUGCUGGCCAAGGCAUUUAAGGGCUUCCUGACAGGCAGGCCACUCCACCAGCAUAGCCUCAACUUCCUUCGGGGCCUCCAGCUGCACCAGGACUACUAUAGCCAGAGAGACUUCUCCACCUGGGCAGACUGUGAGCUAGACUCCACCCCUGGUCAGCUUACGCCUCAGGAGCCACAGCUCUGCCUGGUAGAUGGCGGCUACUUCCUCAACACCAGCUGUCCCUCCAUGUUCCGGCCAGGCCGCAGACUGGACCUCAUACUCUCCUUCGACUACUCCCUAUCCUCACCCUUUAAGACGCUGCAGCAGACUGAGCUGUACUGCCGGGCCCGGGGAUUGCCAUUCCCUCGAGUGGACCCCAACCCUCAGGACCAACACCAGCCAACAGAGUGCCACCUCUUCUCGGACCCCACUCACCCUGAUACCCCUGUCCUGCUGCACUUCCCACUGGUCAAUGCCUCCUUCAAGGACCACUCAGCCCCUGGUGUCCUACGCAGCCCCACAGAGCUCCCAGCUGGCCAGGUGGAUCUCACUGGGACCGCCUCACCCUAUUCCCUAUUCAACAUGACCUACAAGGAGGAAGAUUUUGAUCGCCUGCUGCAGCUUAGUGACUACAAUGUACGGAACAGCCAGGAUGCCAUUCUGCAGGCCUUGAGGAUGGCCAUGAAACACCGGGCCCUGGGGGCCAGGCCUCCAACAGCACAGAAUUGA